AUGAAUCAACUUGGAACUUUAUCUCAAGUGUCGCGUUUCACCGAAGACCUUUCAAUGGAUCGUAUCAAGACUGAACUAAGAUCAUUGCAAAGCAGACUUGCCUCUGUUCGUCCCCCUCAGGAGUUUUUCAAUGUGAAAAAUGUAUCCAAACCCCAGAACUUUUCGGACUUACAAUCUAGAGUGUCUUACAAUUUGAAAUAUUAUUCUACAAACUAUGGUCUUAUCAUCGGUGCCCUCAGCGUUUACACGUUAUUGACAAACAUCUUGCUGUUAUUUGUGAUCGUGCUUGUCUUUAUCAGUAUCGCGGGGAUCAACAAGUUGGAUGGACAGGAUCUAGUAACGCCUUUCGGUAGUUUCAAGACAAAUCAAUUGUACACUGCUUUACUGUUUGUUGCUGUGCCAUUGGGGUUCCUUGCAUCUCCGAUCUCCACGUUGCUGUGGCUCAUUGGUGCCUCUGCUGUCACUGUAUUCGGACAUGCUUCGCUUUUAGAGAAGCCCAUUGAGACAGUAUUUGAAGAAGAGUCCGUUUAA